AUGUCCUCUCUGCUGUGUGUUUGUCUGUGUGGUGGUGGUUUCCAUGGUGACCCAGGCCUGAGACACAUCUCCAUCCUGAAGCUGGUCGGCAUGGAGGCAGUGGACCAGGGAGGAGUCCUAGAGCUCUAUCCAAUCAACGGUAAGAACCCUGUUGUCUCCGCACCACCUAUGUGUAUCAUCCUGCAUAUGGGAAAUGGCUGCAUGAAGAUGAAACAAAACAAAACAAAACAAGUGGAAGGUCAAUGGGGCUGUGUGUGUGUUAUGUUUUGUUUCAUCUUCAGUUCAUACAGCCAUGAUGUUGAAUUUCUGAUGUUGUUUUAUUGACACAGCAGGUAGGUAGCCCAGCCUCAGCCCUAACUCCUGCUGUCUCCCCCAGUCCAAGUCCCUAUAGCCCAGCUGCUUCUUCUGUAAAUUCUCUCCAUGCUACCUCUCCAUGCAACCUGUUUGAUGUAUCCUCUGUGGUAGGGGACCCAACCUAAAAAAACAUGCUGAUGCUGCUGCCUACACCACACACACGGCCCUCUAUCCAUACACUCCUCACAGCUGCACAUGCACGCAGACAGCUCCUGUGGCCGGAGUGUUAUGGAGGAAAUAUGUAAACCCUCCCUUUAAUUUCUCUAGCCUGCCAAAUAGUAUUCCUAUGUGCUCUUUGGGGACUUUUCCUUUAGUGUUGGGUCGUUCGCGAACGAACAGCUCUUUUUGAACUGAUCUUUUUGUUGAACGUCGGGAACCGAAUUGCAUCUGUGAAAGAGCCAUUCAAUUGGCUCCCUCAUUUACACACUAUUACCACUGGUUUUUGAGCUCCCGACAACAAUUAUCUGCAGAUACAUUAUAAAAACAUUCUCUGAAGAUUGUAAUUCCUCACUGCAGUAAAAAUUGAUAGUGAGGAGAGAGCCUCAUUCUGGUCCAUACGUAUUUUUGCAGUGCAUUCCAUUUUUUUAUUCAUUUCUUUGCAGUUCAUCUAAUAAUUUGGUCAGGUAGAAAUGAUCAGGUAAAAAUUGUACUUGCAUAUCACGAUGUGACAUAAUUGCAGGCAACAUUUUAGGCUUUACGUAUUGGAUUUGGUAUUUUGAAGCACUACUGAACAAAGAGCUAUUUGGGAGCCAAAUUAAGGUCUCUUAGCUGAACGGAGUCAAAUGAUCCGGCUCACCGAAAAGACUCGGAAUACCCAUCACUACUUUCCUUGAGUGAAGUGGUAGUUUUGCAGGGGAAGAUGAUGGGGCCAAGGGCUGGAGCAGAGGUGUUGAAUUGAGCAGAACCUUCAAAAGACAACAAAAUGAAUCCACACACACUUUCACAUCAAAUGGAUAAUAUUAAAUACAAUUAUUCCAUAGCCGUAUUAACACAAUCUAAUCCUUUCUAACUCUAGAGAUGCAGCUUGGCCGUGGAGCGAGAAUGCCUUCGCCUCUUUAGUCAAAGAAAUCAAACAUACAAAAGCCUAUUGACUGACUCUCUCCAUCGCUCUCUCCCUCUUCCAGGCAGUGCCACUGUGGAGCGUGAGGGCCUCUCAGCCGCCCUAGUCAAAGACAUCCGCAACUACUUCCAGAUCAGCCCAGAGUACUUCUCCAUGCUGCUGGUGGGCAAGGACGGCAACGUCAAGUCGUGGUACCCGAGCCCCAUGUGGUCCAUGGCCAACAUCUAUGACCUGGUGGACUCCAUGCAGCUCCGCAGGCAGGAGAUGGCCAUCCAGCAGUCGCUGGGAAUGCGCUGCCCCGAAGACGAGUACGGGGGCUACGGGUACCAUCACAAUGGCUAUGACGGUUACCAGGACGCUUAUCACCAGGGAUACGGUUACUAA